AUGUCAUCCAACCUUCUCUUACGGCAAGGCUUAUUAUUACCCCGCGCGUCACGUUUAUUUUCGCCAAGAAGACUUUGUCUCGUUGAUAAAGUGACAUGCGAAGAAGAAGAUAAGGGCAGGAAUGAGGCAGAUAACAUGGCGUUGGAUAUCAGAAGCUAUAAAACUCAAUCGGAACCAUUGUUGUGGCUUUACAUACCAAGAAUUCUUCAUAAAUCAUCGAUAGUAAAACGCCCAAAAGCUAACAUCUCAGGAAUGCCGUUAGACGAAGAACCAUUAACCAACGAACUAACUACCUCCUUGGCACUUGUGGGAGGCUUUAAGACAUUAGGUGGUCUAAGCAACCCAAACGUCGUGGCCGGCAUUUAUAGCUUGGUUCUAUUUCCAUUAGACACCAAGACUCAGGUACAAGGCAAAAAUCAACGGCCGCCUCAUAACCACGGCAAGCUACUCAGAAUAUUCUUUCUACUAAUAGCGGAAGAUGCCAUCGUGGUCUAUAUAGCAAGGCAUGUGAGAAAAGACCGAGAGGUUAUCGAUAUUAGCGGUGAGCCCGGGUUUUCGGCAAAACGCAGACCUAUGUAUGUCCAAGUAAAUAAGGCGUUUGAGUACCUAGACAAAGGGAGGGAGACAAUGCUGUCUGACGAUACAAUCUGCUAA